AUGCCCCGGAUCAAGACAAAACGUACCAAAGCAGCGCCAGACGGCUUCGACAAGAUCCAAUCCACACUGGCAGACUUUGACCUGCAACUGAAGGAAGUACAAGACCAGGAUGCUUCAAAACUCAAAGCCAAAGCCAACGAGGGAACCUGGAAAGUCUUACGCAUCACUCACGAGCGGUCCCGGUACAUCUACAGUUUGUAUUACAAACGCAAAGCCAUCUCCAAAGAACUUUACACAUGGCUGCUGCGUGAGAAAUACGCUGACAAGAUGUUGAUCGCCAAGUGGAAGAAGCGUGGAUAUGAAAAACUGUGCUGUCUGCAAUGUAUACAAAGUGCGGAAUCGAAUUCUGAGGGCAAUACCUGUAUAUGUAGGGUCCCAAGAAGCGUGCUAGAGAAGAAUAGUAAGGACGGGGUGGUUACUUUCACCAGGUGUGUCCAUUGCGGUUGUACUGGGUGUGCUAGUACCGAUUAA